GUCCCUUUCUCUCCCCCAGUCAGGUCGCUGCAAGCCAACCUCACAGCAGAUCAAAAAAGUUUCCCUUGCACGGCCUCUGCUGCAGGUCCCAGUCACAUCCGCUGCGUAAUCCCUGAACCCUCAUCGCCCCAUUUUCAACAACGGCCCCGUCAUGGCAUCUUACCCAAACCUGACGAUCCAUGGCUGGCGGCUACAACCGAUCGUCUCUUCAAGCCAACAAUGUUAUCAUCGGAGAUGGUAACCCCGAAUUCGCCACCAAAGGACUUCAGAUAAGCAGGACUGGGCUGGCUGAAGGGCACCCUUCUUCGUGUCCCAUCACACCAGUCUGCUCUCUACAAACCGGAUCGACUAGACCAGCUGGAUGCGAUCGACAAUGCCACGCGCUGAUCAACGACCACAGUAACUUACUAGAUCUGCGAACCGAUCAAGUCCUACCUUUCGUGGUAAGACCUGGACAUGGGAUAGGGUUGUUCGUUCUCAUGGAGGCCGAACAAAGGCAUUAUUGAAUCUACGCACACUCCAGUGUGAGCUGCCAGCCAAUAGGAUUGGUAGAUGCUGUUAGCGAUCCGAAGUCAAGUUUCUCCGGAAGGCAGCAUAGGCUACGCUAUCUGCAACCGCGUGCACUCGAGCAUACUAGUCAAACUUU